GCAGUUUUGGCUCUUUUUCAGUUUUCCCGUUCAGUUGGCCUGAUCAACGUUAAUUAAUGGUUUGCUAAUUCCAACUGACAGAUGGAAUCCAGUGAUUUAUUUAAAAGUGCUGUCAGGGCGAAAAAGGAACCUGGUGACGUGCCGAACAGUGAAAAUGAUAGUGAAAUGAAUGACGAGAAACCUGAUCUUGAAAACUUCCAUCUCUCACCGUUUCUGAAAGGAAAUGCAACCCAUACACUUCGAAAAUGUGACGUUAAACUUGAAAGUGAGCUUGAUGAGGAAGUGGAAAUAGUCGUUGAAUGUGAAGACGUCAAACCUAACAUCAAUUCAUUGGUAACCAAAAAAAUUGAAGAAGAUUCUCAAAAUUCUUUUUGGAGUAUAGAAGAUAGCGAUAGUUGUAAGACUAAAAAUGUAAAUAAAAUGGAGCCCAUAGGGACAGUAAAGCAGGAAUUUUUCGGUGACGUUGCUGAAGAAUCGAAUUUGAGUAAAACUAUCGAACAACACGAAAAAAAAAGAAUUUCAAAGAAGUUUAACAACCAGCGAAGGCUCAAAACUCGGAUCAUUCCGAUGCAAAAUAAUACAAGCCACGCAUGUGAAAUAUGUAAAAAUAAAUUCUCAAGAAAAGAUCAUCUCAAAAUUCACAUGGAUUCAAUUCACUAUGGCGUCACAUAUUCAUGUGAUAUUUGCGAAAAGUCAUUCAAACAAAAAAGUUAUCUCAAAUUCCACGUGGAUUCAAUGCACAACGGUGUCAAACAUGCAUGUGAUAUAUGCGGAAAGAAAUUUAUAACAAAGGGCAAUCUCCAAGUUCAUAUAGAUGCGAAGCACAGUGGUAUAACACAUGCUUGUAAUAUAUGCGGAAAUAAAUUUACAGUAAACGGUAGUCUCAAAAGGCACAUCGAUUCGGUGCAUAACGGUAUCAAUCACCCAUGUCACACUUGUGGAAAGACGUUUACACAAAAGGGUGAUCUCCAAACCCACAUAGAAGCAAAGCACAUGGGUGUCACAUAUUCAUGUGAUAUAUGCAAAUCAAAAUUCACAUCUAAAAGUUAUGUUCAAAUCCAUAUUGAUUCAAUGCAUAAUGGUAUCAAACAUGCGUGUGAUAUUUGCGGAAAGAAGUUCUUACAUAAAGUAAGUGUCAAAAGGCACAUUGAUAAGAAGCACAAUGGUAUCAAACAUGCAUGA